UACCAAAACAGUCGCAAUCACAUAUUUUUCGAAUAGCAAAUCGUUGGAAUUUUAGGAAGAAAAACAAAUUAUAUAAAGCAAAGACGCAAUGGCAACACGUGUGGUGGCAACUGCAACGGUGCGCGCCGUAAAGGGACGCAAAUUGAUACCCACACGAGCGGCCCUGACCCUGACCCCGGCUGCAGUGAACCGCAUCAAAAGCCUGCUGCAGGACAAGCCAGACUUUAUUGGCCUAAAGGUUGGCGUGCGACAGCGCGGCUGCAACGGCCUCUCCUACACCCUGGACUAUGCCAGCAGCAAAGCAGACAAACUGGACGAGGAGGUGGUCCAGGAUGGCGUGAAGGUAUUCAUUGACAAGAAGGCGCAGCUCUCAUUGCUAGGCACUGAAAUGGACUUUGUAGAAUCGAAGCUGUCCAGCGAGUUUGUGUUCAACAAUCCGAACAUCAAGGGCACCUGCGGCUGCGGCGAGUCGUUCAGCAUGUAAACUCUGGCUCUGGAGCCGGCAACACCCGCCUCGCAGACACCCUCCCCCCAAAGCUUAUGCCUAACGAAGGUCAGAUGCAGAUCCAAUCCCAGCAUGCACCACCCCCAAAGCAUCUUCGCUCAUUUCUGUUCGCAGUAAACUUGACACUGUACACGAAUUCUAAAGAUAAGUUGUGUUCUCUGUAGUUCAAAUUUAGUUGUAUAUUGAUAAAAACAAAAAAAGAAGGAUUAAGGCUCUAGGCAAUCAUCCAAUGUCUAGGAAAUUAAAAUAAUUCAAUGUA